UUUUCAAAGAGGUGGAGGCGUUCUUGGCUUUGCCAGUUUGCCUCGCUCUCCCCGCUUCCAUCGGCCGGCGAAAACCAUAACCAAAACACGCUCUCUCUCGCUCUCUCUUUCUUUCUCUCUCCUGUCCCGUCCUCCGCCACGCUUUUGGUUCUCUUCCCCGGUCUUUAUGUCUCAUGUGCCUGGCGACAUUUUUUCCGGCGAGAAGUUUACCAAUUGAUGCGUCUGUUUCUCUGUUUCUUCUCAGCUCCUGUUCCUUUUACUUCUUCUACAUUGCUACUUCCUGGCUUCUUCUCACAGAUAUCUUCUGAGGACGAACGAAGGGUACCUCUCUCUCUUUCCUUGCCGACAAACUCACUGGCGUGUUCGGCAUUGAGGAUACCGGUGCCCGUUCAAACUCUGUAGUUGCUUGACUUCGGAAAUGAAUAGCAUUAGACACCCCUUCAGAGGGAUCAUCAAUGAUGUUAAAGCAAGAGUAGAGUCUUACAAGCAAGAUUGGAUUGUUGGCCUUCGUUCAUUCAGGAUAUUGGCUCCAACUGCCUACAUUUUCUUUGCGUCUGCUCUUCCCGUUAUUGCUUUUGGAGAACAACUGAGUAGGGAAACAGAUGGAAGAUUGAGUACAGUAGAAACUCUAGCUUCUACUGCCAUCUGUGGUAUCAUACACUCAAUACUUGGUGGACAGCCCUUGCUGAUAUUAGGAGUUGCAGAGCCCACUGUCAUAAUGUACACUUAUCUCUACAGUUUCACCAAAGAUAGGGCAGAUUUGGGACCGGACCUGUUCUUGGCAUGGGCCGGAUGGGUGUGUGUUUGGACAGCUUUGCUGCUGAUUCUCCUUGCAAUAUUCAACGCAUGUGAUCUUAUUACUAGAUUUACGAGGAUCGCAGGGGAGCUUUUCGGCAUGUUGAUUACCGUCCUUUUCAUUCAAGAGGCAAUCAAGGGUGUGGUGGGUGAAUUUGAGAUUCCCAAAGAUGGAAACCCAAAAGAAGAAAAGUAUCAGUUUCAAUGGCUCUACGCAAACGGAUUGUUAGCAGUUAUUUUCUCCUUUGGCCUGCUAUAUACAGCUCUACGGAGCAGGGAGGCAAGGUCUUGGUGGUAUGGCACAGGGUGGGCUAGAAGUUUCAUUGCGGACUAUGGAGUUCCUUUGAUGGUCUUGUUGUGGACAGCAUUGUCAUUCAGUGUGCCGAGUAAGGUUCCUUCAGGGGUUCCUAGGAGACUUAGUAGUCCUCUUGCUUGGGACUCAGGAUCCUUGUACCAUUGGACGGUAAUUAAGCAUAUGGGGAGCGUCCCACCCAUCUACAUCUGUGCUGCUUUUAUACCAGCAUUGAUGAUAGCAGGUCUAUACUUUUUCGACCAUAGUGUGGCUUCACAGAUGGCACAGCAGAAGGAGUUCAAUCUCAAGAAUCCCUCCGCUUACCAUCACGACAUCUUAUUGCUCGGGCUUAUGGUAUUGCUCUGUGGACUGAUUGGAAUCCCUCCUUCAAAUGGGGUCCUCCCACAAUCCCCUAUGCAUUCCAAGAGCCUUGCAAUUCUGAAGAGGCAGCUAAUUAGGAAGAAAAUGCUAAAGGGGGCUAAAGAAUGCAUAAACCAACAAGCUACCAACUCAGAAAUAUAUGGCAAAAUGCAAGAGCUCUUUAUCGAAAUGGACGAAGCCCCAUCAGCUGCCUCAGUAACAAAAGAGCUGAAGGGAUUGAAGGAUGCGGUUAUGGCUGUUGACGAUCAUAAAAAUAAAAAAUUUGAUCCUGAGAAGCACAUUGAAGCCCACUUGCCAGUACGAGUUAAUGAGCAGAGGAUGAGCAACCUGUUACAGUCUGUUCUUGUGGGUGCAUCUGUUUGUGCCAUGCCAAUUAUCAAGUUGAUACCUACAUCAGUUCUUUGGGGAUACUUUGCCUACAUGGCCAUUGACAGCCUCCCUGGCAACCAGUUCUGGGAAAGGAUGUUGCUGCUCUUCAUUACUCCUCGUCGUUGGUUCAAGGUCCUGGAAGGUGAUCAUGCUUCCUUUGUGGAAUCAGUACCAUUCAAAUACAUUGCUUUAUUUACCAUCUUCGAGUUUAUAUAUUUUCUGGUGUGCUUUGGAGUGACAUGGAUACCAAUCGGUGGCAUACUGUUCCCGUUGCCAUUCUUCCUCCUGAUAGCCAUAAGACAGCACAUCCUCCCCAAAUUCAUUGACCUGGAUCACCUUCAUGAAUUGGAUGCAGCCACUUAUGAGGAGAUUGCUGGUACUCCACAUCUUGGCCGUUCUUUCAGGGAACAGGAAUCUAGUCAAAAUGUGAGCGAUGAGUAUGCUGUUGAUCUCUGUGACCGCGAGAUAUUGGAUCAAUUCACAACCCAUAGAGGAGAGUUAAAGCUUAGAACUUUAAGCUACAAUGAAGAGAGGCGCUCCCAGGUUCAUCCUGUGGUGUCCCAGAACGAGUGAGGAUGAGUAGAUAUUCACAGAAGGAAAAUGAGACCAGCCAUGAUAAUGAUCAUGAUUGUCAAAUGAAGGUUUCUCAACGAUGAUGCUUAUUUUACAGAAAGGGGUGGAAGAAUUUCCCUUCUUUUUUUUUUGGGGUGGUUGAGAAGAUGGGCAUCUUCUGUUACAUCAAUUCCUAUGGACGAGGAACAGCAAAAAAAGGUAAGGGUGCAAGUAAAAUAGUGGAGGAAGAAGAGUAAUGGGUGAAGAGGAGCAUUCAGAAGUUUCAUAGUGUAAUAUUCUUUUUUUUUUUUUCCCCUUCUUCUGGGAUUAGGUAAACAAGUUUUAAUUCUUCUCUAAUUAUUCAUUAACAUUUAAAUUGAAAACCAAAGGGAGGGGGGAGAGAGAGAGAGAGAGAGAGACAAGGAUAAGAAGAGGGGGAGGAUUCUUUUGUUGUUGUUGUCCCUAGUCUUCUGACUACCAGAAGUGCAGGGGGCUCGGUGUAGAACGGCUUCGGAAGCAUAUGUACUCUCUGAUUUAUGAUCUAACAAGAAAAUUCUCAACUUGGUAA